UCUGGAGGAGGUGCAGGAGGUGGUAGCCCCCCGGCUACGUCCCCCACAGGCUGCUGCCUCUGCAGCCCCUCCACCAGCCCCAGCCCUGCCCAGAAAUGCCAAGAAGCUCCCAGCUCUUUCCCAAGAUCUGGGUGGUAUUGUUGGGGUGAAGGAGGAAGAAAAGCGGGCAUAGCAGGUCAUGAUUCUCCUCCCCCUCUUCAUGCUGAUCCUGCUCAUAGGACCUCUGAGGUCACAGGAUGUGGAAAUGAAGAAUGAGUCCCAGAAAAUAAUGACCCAUGCCUGCUCUCUGGUCAUAUGUAGCCCCGCGCAGAAUGGCCUGCCUGGUCGUGACGGACGGGAUGGCAGAGACGGCCCCCGGGGCGAGAAGGGGGAUCCAGGUUUGCCAGGACCUGCAGGGCGAAUGGGGAUGCGUGGAUCACGUGGCCCAGCUGGGGCCAAAGGGGACAAUGGUACUGUUGGAGAACCCGGACCAAAGGGAGACAUUGGACCACGUGGACCUCCAGGACCUCCAGGUUCGCCUGGUCCAGCUGGAAGAGAGGGUCCCGCAGGAAUGCAGGGGAAUGUAGGACCUCAAGGCAAACCAGGCCCAAGAGGAGAGGCUGGACCCAAAGGAGAAAUGGGUGCCCCAGGCAUGGAAGGCUCUGCAGGAGCAACAGGCCCCCCAGGUCUUAAGGGAGAGAGAGGUGACCCUGGUGCGCGUGGAGUCCCUGGGAUUGCGGGGAUAGCAGGGCCUCCUGGACCCAUAGGUCCACAGGGACCUCCAGGUGCCAGGGGCACCCCAGGACCAAAGGGGGACAGAGGUGCUCCUGGGGACAAAGGAGAAAAAGGAGAGAGUGGACUUCCAGACAUCACUGCUCUGAGGCAGCAGGUGGCAGCCUUACAGACACAGCUACAAGGCCUCCAGAGCACCUUGUCUCAGUACAAGAAAGUGGAGAUGUUCCCUGACGGCCGAAGUGUUGGGGAGAAGAUCUUCAAGACAGGAGGCUUUGAAAAAACUUUUGCGGAGGCACAGCAGAUAUGCCGACAGGCUGGGGGAGAGAUGGCCUCCCCACGCUCUGCAGCUGAGAACGCGGCCGUGCAACAGCUGGCCAUAGCUCAGAACAAGAAUGUGUUCCUAGGCAUGACCUACACAAAUGGCAAGUUCACCUACCCCACGGGGCAGCCCCUGGUCUACUCAAACUGGGCCCCAGGGGAGCCCAACAACGAUAGUGGGGCAGAGCAAUGUGUGGAGCUCUACACCAACGGCAAGUGGAACGACAAGAAGUGCGGUGAAAACCGCCUUGUGGUCUGCGAGUUCUGAGCCCCCUCGGUGGGCAGGGCAAUCGUGACCCAGGAGCCUGGCCAGCGAGCCUGGGCCCACACCUGUGUACUGCCAACAUCACAAUAAAAAGCUGACACCUCUGCUGCCCAAGGCUUCUCCACAGAGCCGAGGGCUGAGGACAGAGCUAGCGCUCCUA